AUGGAGGCACCGAUCCGCGUGCGACGCGUGGACUUCGACAUCAGCAGCGAGAACCACUACGUGAUCGUGAUUCACGGCACGUUCGACGCGCCGCCACCCGGCGGAGCGCCGACGUGGUACCAACCGCCGCCUGCCGGCGAGCAGAAUUUCUGCCGGAAGCUCAGCCGGCUGCUCGCGCUCGGGCCGAUCGGGCAGGACGCGGUCUGGCGCGACUUGCCGUGCUCCGCGCUCCCGGGAAUUCCGUACCCGUUCCACUGGGACGGCUCGAACACGCAUGCGGGGCGCGUAACGGCGGCGAUGAAGCUGCACAACCUGAUCGACCAGAUCGCGCAGAAUGACCCAGCGGCGCGGAUCCACCUGGUGGCGCACUCGCACGGCGGGAACGUGCUGCUCAAAACCAUCGAGCUGUACAUGGUGAAGCUGGCGCGGCGCCCCAAGGCGGAGUGGCACCCAGCGGUGGCGCAGCGCUUCUGGGCGGCGCACCGGCGCAGCUACGAGCUGAUCAAGAAGUGGCGGCGGCUGGAGUUGUACGACUCGUGGUGGCGCUUCUUCCCCUUCCUCGUUGUGUACCGAGGGUUCAACGGGCAGAGGGUGAGCGGUGUGAAGGAGACCUACCCAUGGGCGCACCACCAAUGGCUGGACACCCUCCUCGGCCUGCCAGCAGUGCGGCAGCGCCGCUUCCUCUCCUUCCGCCAGGCCACCUCCCCCGUGACCAACGCGCUGGGCUCUCUCGUGUUCCUGGGCACGCCGUUCUACAUCAAGAAGUGGCAGCGCCACGGCUUCGCGCGCAUGCUGCUGUCCGUGGGGGUGGGCGUUCUGCUCACGUACCUCUUCAUUCUCGCGUACACGGCGUUGUGGGAGCUGCUCGUGCUGCUCAUGGCUGGCAGGCCGCAGGAGUUUUACGCGGAGUCGGGCCCUCACCUGAUCCUCCUUCUCAACUUCCUCAUCGCCACGGGCAUCAUGCUGCUCGUGCUCGUCAAGCAGAUCAUGGACGCCACAGGCAACACAGUGCUGUACAGCGGCAACCUCUACCACAACCCGGCCUUCGACUGGUCGCCUGCCAUGUCCGCCCUCGUCAUUCACGCCGGCAAGCUUGAUGAGGCGAGCCUCGCGCUAUCCAUGGAGCCAAUCACGCGAGCCUACGUCUUCCCGCACCUGACAAAACUCCUGAAGCAGACCCCCUGGGCGCCGCUCCCCAAGGCACCCACACGCUACGCCCCCCAGCGAGUGUGGUGCGCGUUCCUCUUCCACUGCUCCGUUGUGCUCGUGUGGGACGUCCUCUUCUUCCUCCCUGCAGCCAUCUUGUCUCUCUUCUCGCACCUCAUCGCGCCGCUGGUGACCGGGUGGAUUCAGCAGGCUGUGGUGGCCGUCAGCUUUGGGCUGUCUCCGGGGGAUUUGAGCUACGCGUAUGUGUAUGUGGACGAGAAUCUAGACAUGGAGCUGGCCACUCAGCAAGUCGAUCACUGGAACGUGCAGAAACUGCUGGCGGAGGCAAAGACCAAGUCGCUAAAGGGAGAGCUCAUGCCCGGCUAUGAGGACGACACCGUGGAGCAACCUGAUUGGCUGGAGCCAUCCCCUGCCGCCCAUCGCCGUGACCGCACGCCUGUUUUUGACGGCAGCAGCACCGGCACUGCCACUGUGCAGCAGCAGCCCGAGUGGCUGAAGUUACCCCCUGCUGCCACUGUGCAAUCUCCCUCUUGUGAGGGGGGUAGCGGAAGUGGGGAGGGCGGCGGAAACGAGGGGGGUGGCGGAAACGAGGGGGGUGGUGGAAGUGGGGAGGAGAGUGGAAACGAGGGGGGGUGCGGGGCGCCUCACAAAGUGCUGGCUGCUGCGCUGAGGAAGAACACACACAGUGUGUUUCGGAAGCGACGGGGUGCGCGAGGGCUGCUGCUGAGGCGCACUGGCGGUGCGAGGAGCAAGGAGGGCAGCAAGGGGGCUCGGCAUGGGUCUCUGGCAGGUGGAACUGACACAGGUGGGGGAGAGGGAGACUGGGAAGGGGAGAUUGACAUUGUGGAUGGGGCGGUUUCAUCUGGUCCCGGCCCUGUUUCAUCUCAUGCUCCAUCUGGUGCCGCCCCCACUCCUGCUGGCGCCAGUACAAGCACUGCCAGGGACCCGCGUGAGAAACUGGCCUUUGAGUUCCUCUGGGAUGACAGGGAGCUCUCCAAACUAGCAGAGCAGUCGCAGACGUUCCAGCGCCUCAAGUCCCAGCUCCCCACCAUGGGUCGCAACCCCCGGCUGAGCGACCGGGAGUUUGAGCGGCAGUUGCAGCAGCUGUGUGUGAUGAUUGAAGAGCGUGUGGGGGAGAUUACAGGGCGGUGUGAUUUGAAUCACGGGGCGUAUUUCCGGGAUCCGAGGAUUCUGAGAGUGGUGGCGCAUUUUAUUGAGAAGCGGGAGCUUCCGGAGUGGUCUAAGCAUGUGGACGGGGAUAUAUGGCGGUGGAACGAGCAUUUGAAUGAGGUGCACUCGCUGCAGCUGCUGCAGAUGUCGCAGGGAGGCCGGGGAGCGGGAGGUGAUGGAGGGGCGGAAGGCAGUGGGGCGUCUUUUUGUCCAGAGUGUAAAGGUGCUUCCGCUAGGCUGAAGACGCUCUUUAGGAGUAUCCGGGGGGGGAGUCAGAGGGAGGGGGGCCAGAGGGAGGGCGGAGGGCACGGGUUUUUGAGUGGGCACGCAGUGCACUUUCCUCACAUGCCUGAUUUCGCCAGUGGCGCACGGAGCUUGCAUCUACCGCACAUGCCUGACUUGGCCAGUGGCGCCCGGAGCUUUCAUCUUCCACACAUGCCUGAUUUUGCCAGCUUUGGGCAUCACAAGAGCAAGGCAGUGGGAUUUGGCACUCCUGCUGCUGCUGGUGGUGGCACUGCUGCUGCUGCUGCUGCUGCUGUUGCUGCUGCUGAUGCCGGUGCUGCUGCUGCUGCUGCUGAUGCUGCUGCUGCUGCUGAUGCUGCUGCUGCUGCUGCUGCUGCUGGUGGAGUUUCACGAACUCCUGACAGCCACACGGAGAGGGCGGGCAGCAGUGGGCAGCAGGCACGGCGGCUGAUGAUGCAGCGAUCAAUGCCGGUCUCCCAUAUGUGA